UUUAACCGCGUUUUCGCUGUUAACGUUUGUUGUGUUUAAGCUUUUAUUUUUGUUUGAAUAAUUUAAGUGUAUAACUCUUACGAUUAUUAAUAACAACGUUUUAAGUUGUUUCUAUGAACUAUUAAUAAAUUAAAGAAAUGCAAAAAAUAAAGAAGAAAAGAGGAGAAGAAGAACCGAUGGAAGUUGAUGAUAAUCCGAGUACUUCCAGUCAACAGAACGGUAAUAAUGACGAUGAAAUUGGAGAAAUAGAUCAUAUAUCUGAUGAUGAAGAAGGCGGAGUGCGUAUAGGUGAUAUCUACAUACCUCCAGCGCCAAAACCAGCUUUAACAUUCGACACAACUGGACCAAGAUUAAUUAUUACGCAUAUUGUUAAUGAAAAUUUUAAAAGCUACGCAGGUUUGCAAACUCUAGGCCCAUUUCACAAGAGUUUCACAUCUAUAAUUGGUCCAAAUGGAAGUGGUAAAAGCAAUGUUAUAGAUUCUAUGUUGUUUGUAUUUGGCUAUCGAGCAACUAAGAUCAGAUCCAAGAAGAUAUCUGUCCUCAUUCAUUCAUCUAGCAAAUUCCCAAACAUAACCAGUGCAUGUGUUGCUGUUCAUUUCUGCCGGAUUGUGGAUGGGGAAGGAGAAGAGUUCACAGUAGUUCCUAAUAGUGAAAUAGUUGUAUCUCGGACAGCAUUCAAGGAUAACUCUUCAUAUUACACUUUAGAUAAACGUCGAGUACAGUUCAAAGAAGUCGCUAAGAUGCUAAGAUCGCACGGAAUAGAUUUAGAUCAUAAUCGCUUUUUGAUUUUGCAAGGUGAAGUGGAACAAAUAGCAAUGAUGAAGCCGAAAGGCCUAACAGAACACGAAUCUGGUAUGCUUGAAUAUUUAGAAGACAUUAUUGGGACUUCUCGAUAUAAGGAACCAAUUGAGAAGUUAUCUAUAAAAGUGGAGGAAUACAGUGAAAUGCGUAAAGAAAAGCUCAAUAGGGUUCGUCUUGUUGAACAAGAGAAACAGAAAUUGGAAACACCGAUGCGAGAAGCGGUGGAGCUGAUGAAUUUAACCAACGUUGCACUGAGGACCAGAAAUACGUUGCUACAGAAAUAUAUACAUGAGACAAAUAAGAUAAUUGAGAAUAAAACGAAGGAACUGGAUGAGCUUAAGAAUGUUUUAGCUAAAAUUGAUGAGAAAUUGACUAAUCUCAAAGAGGAAUUGCAUACAAAAACCACAGAGUUGAAAAAUGGUACACAAAAAUACGAUGAUCUUCAAAAGAAGAAAGACGAAAUUGGUGAAAAGUUACAGAUCAGUAAACGGAAGACGGUCACCGUACAAGCGGAUAUAUCACAGGCGUCUAAGAAGAAGAAGAAUCUACAACAGCUUCUUGAACAGGAAAAGGGGAAGUUGAUCGAUUUGGAACUGAUACCGGAUAAAAAUAAACGUGAAAUUGAAGAUUGUGAAAAACUAUUGGACAGACAUAAGGAAAGUAAAGUCAGUGCUGAUGAGGAACUGCAAACUGUCAUGGCUGGUGUUCGAUCGAAAACACAAGGGCUACAGGAACAGAAGGAUAGGCUGCAAUCGAAGCUGAUAGAUCUGAAGAAGAUAGUGGAUGAAGCGAAUAAGGAACACAAAUUAGCAGAUUCCGAACUAAAGAUAUAUUUAAGUACGGAACAGCAGGCAGUUGACAAGUACGAGAAAGUCAAGGAAGCAUACGCGAAGGCAAAAAGAGAUUUGGAAGAAAAGAGAUCAUUGAGAGAAGACUUGUCAUCAACGAUACCAAUGCAAGAGAAUCAGCUGACAGAAAUACAAUCAAAACUUCAAGCUUCGAAGAGCGAAGAAGCUAAAAUUUCCAGUGAGGCUAGAACUUUAAGAGCACAGUUAGAAGAGUCCCGUCAAGCGAUGAGUGCUAACAGAUCACGAGGUCGGGUGCUGGACUCGCUCAUCAAGGAGAAGAACGCUGGUCGACUUCCCGGUAUUUUUGGAAGACUGGGCGACCUCGGCGGCAUAGACAACAAGUACGACGUGGCCAUAUCGACGUGCUGCGGAGCCCUGGACAACAUCGUGGUGGACACGGUGGAGACGGCGCAGGCCUGCGUGGAGUUCCUCAAGCGGCACGACGUUGGACGAGCCACGUUCAUCGCUCUCGACAAACAAACUCAUCUGAUAAGACAUUACCAAAAUAAACUGAAAUAUCCAGAAAACGCACCGCGUCUCUUCGAUCUGGUGAAAGUAACAGAUGAAAGAGUGCUGCCGGCGUUUUACUACGCGUUACGGGAAACGCUUGUCGCGAAGGACUUGGAGCAAGCGUCGCGGAUCGCUUACGGCGCGACCAGAUAUCGAGUCGUGUCUCUGCAGGGAGAUGUCAUCGAAAUUGCCGGCACGAUGUCGGGCGGCGGUCGCAGCGCGAUGCGCGGGCGCAUGGCGAGCGCGGCCCCCGCGCCGGACGGCGGGCCCGACGCGCUGCGAGACUCGGAGGCGCGCCUGCAACGCCUCGACCACAGAUUAAAUGAACUGCGCGCCGAACAAACAAAUCUAGAAGAUUCUCUCGUAUCUAUCCAGAGAAGCACGCGUGAGGGGAAGACAACGCUACACAAAUUGGAUAUAGAGUUGAAGAGUUUGACAGAACAAGUUCCCGCUUUAAAGAGUCAAAUAAAACAGCAAGAAGUUAAAGUUGCCUCGAGUAAAGUAGACCCGAGACGAACAGCUAAAUUGGAAGAGAAUUUAAAAAAUGCUGAAGUCAAGUUGGAGAACGCGAAACGUGAUGCCGGAGAAGUAGAAAAGGAAGUGAAAGGCGUCGACGUCCAAAUAUCAGCGGUAGCGGGUAAUAAAGUGAGGGAUUUACAGAAGAAUGUGGAUGAGUUGACAAAUAAAAUAGAUAAAAUAAACACAGAGAUAACAAAAUUACGAGUCGCUAUCAACACUAGUAUAAGAAAUGCUAAAAAGUCAAAGGACAAAAUCAAUCAGAUGGAAGCAGAUCUUAAGGAGACGGAAGAGAAGUUGGAGAAUUUAAACAAUCAGAAGAAACAGCUUAGCUUAGACAACACGAAAAUGCAAAAGGAAUUUGAAGAGUUGGAGGAACAGAUCAACGAAGGUACUGCCGAAUUUUCUGGACUCCGGCAAGAAAUUGCUAAACUACAAAGCAAAGAGACCAAGGCAAAAACGGAGCGACUUGAAGCAAAUAAUGCAGUCAACAAAAUGGAGAAAUCCGUCCAAGAGUGUUCUACGAAAAUACCUAUGUGGGAAAAGGAGCUUACAACAUUAAAACUGGAAGAUCCAGGUCUCGAUGGCGUCCCGGGCAUCGAGCGGCCGACCCCGUUAGUCCGUCAUACAGCUGAAGAACUUGAAGAGGCUCAGGUCGAUGAACUUAGAAAUAGACUGGCAGCGCAGAAGGCCAGAGUUGGUGAAAAUAAACCGAAUAUACAAGCGAUACAGGACUACAGGGCUAAGGAGGAGUUAUACCUCAGACGAGCAGCUGAACUGGACGAUAUAACGACAAAAAGAAACGAAAUGAGAGCUUUGUACGAUCAACUAAAGAAAAAACGGACAACUGAUUUCCUGUGCGGUUUCAACACGAUAACGAGUAAAUUGAAAGAAAUGUACCAAAUGAUAACGCUCGGAGGUGACGCUGAGCUGGAACUGGUCGACUCAUUGGAUCCGUUUACAGAGGGAAUUAUAUUCAGUGUACGACCACCAAAUAAGUCGUGGAAGAACAUCUCCAAUUUGUCUGGAGGCGAGAAGACUUUAUCGUCACUGGCUUUAGUAUUCGCGUUACAUUAUUACAAACCAACACCUUUAUAUGUUAUGGACGAAAUUGAUGCCGCCUUGGACUUUAAGAAUGUUUCGAUUGUUGCAAAUUAUAUCAAGGAACGUACGAAAAACGCGCAGUUUAUAAUAAUAUCAUUAAGAUACAACAUGUUCGAAGUCUCCAACCGCCUCGUCGGUAUUUACAAAACUGAAGAUUGCACCAAGUCAGUCACAAUAGAAAACAAAUUCCCUGAACAGACGGCGACUGACGUCAUGGCUUAGACAUAUAUGUAUGACUCCUUAACUAUUCAAGUUAUUAUCCUGUAUUCGUGAAUGCUACCAACUAAUCUCCGGUUACUAUAGUCGAGAAACGAUUCGUUUCGUUUACGGAUGGUCUACAAGCGUUACUAAAUAGCAUCCCAAUAAAAACGCUUCGUAAGAGUUAUGUGUAGUAAAAACAUAUAAAAAUAUGUUAACGGAUAGGUUAAAGAUAUCAAAUUAUAUAAAUAUAAAUUUGUUAAAUAUAGUAACCGGGCAUGUCAUAAAUCUCAAAUAUGAUUUACUUUUAUUAAUUAAGCUAUUUUUUCAAACAUUAAAAUUGUUUAAACUAAAAGUCUAUAUAUAAGAAUGGUAUUUUAUGGUACUAAUAAAACCUUCCUAAUAGUAUAUACAUACAUUACCUGCAGUGAAAAUAUUAUAGAUAUCGUUAUAGAAAAUAACGAAAUAAUAAAUUAAACAUAAUUUUUUUUAAGUUGGUUUAUGAAGUAACUUUAUGACUUAAUCCGAUAACCAAAUAUAUUAAAUGUCAUGCAACAUUUUUUAUAUUUCAUUAUAAUUUAGGUUAUUCCAAAUUGCUGAUUUUAGUAUUUAAUUUGGCAGAUAUCAACAUCGUCUAGACUUAAAUGAUGAAACAAAGUCAUAACUUAAAUUGUCUAAAUACUGAGCGCUCAUUGGUCGCUGAUUACGUCAAUAGCACCGUUGACAAAUGAUUAUUCAGUUUUUAAAUUCAUUCUGACUGACUAAUAUUUCAAAACUAGAGUUAGCCAAACUAUAGCAUCGUCCAGUUUAAUUUAUUAAUAUUAUCUCCAAAUAAAUUAUAAUACAAGUUCAUUUCAUUCCAUUUAUAUUUGCGCUUGAAUCAGUUUAAA